AUGCCGAAAAAGAAGCCAGAGAAUUGCUGGACUUGCCGGCUGAGACGCAAGAAAUGCGACGGAACACAACCAACGUGUCGAGUUUGCGCCAGCCUCGAAAUCUCGUGUCAUUACAGCGAGACGCAACCAGAGUGGAUGGAUGGCGGGCCAAGGCAGCAGGCCGAAGCUCAGCGCAGGAAAUCAGAGGUCAAAUUAAGCGCAGACCGCCGGAGAAAAGAAAAGGUUGUGCGGCGCCUACAAUCCGAGUUAUUGUCCGAUCCAGGCCGAGAUGAGUAUCAUCAGGGUGUUGCGUCUCCCUUGACAACCGGCGCAACGCCAGCCCCGGACAAAGAGUCUCGGGGCUUUACACAAUCUUCCUCGGCGUUGGAAGCCACAUCCCCAGGCGGCAGCACUUCAAAUGUUUGGCUGUCACACCUAAACUGCGACUAUGACAUUGGCUUGGUAGUUGCUUUCCUUGACCAUGUUUUCCCCUUAUUGUCUCCAUUCUACCAGCCCUCUGUACUAGAAGGCGGCCGCAUGUGGCUUUUGGCAGUAAUCAUGAGAGACAAGGUUUUUCGUCUACACACAAAUGCCAUAACAUCGUACCUGCUGUCUGUCAUUCCAUGCCGCUCAGAGACCAUAACAAAUACAUGCAAGCUGUAUGCUCUGGAAGGUGCGCAACGUCAAAGAGAUCUCGCCAUUAGUCAUCUCCAAAGCGACCUUUCAAGUCUAAUCACACGGGGCAUACACAACAAUUUGUCCGAGACUGCAACACUACUCACCAAUAUGGUCAAUGUACUCGAUUUGGAAAGAACCUUGGCAGACGGAGACGAGUGGCAAAUCCACCUUGAGGCUGCCCUCAACCUUAUUCGUGACCUGCUGCAAGACGAGUCUGGCUUGCAAGGUUCAAAUUGGUCCUUGGUCCUCAGACGGCUUUCUGACCGCUCCAAGCCCGCCGGCUUCGACAUGUGGAGUAUCGACCAGGCUGCCUUUCGUUUCUCUGUCGCGAAACUUGUUGUGUUUGAUAUUGUCACCAGCAGCUCGUUGGGACGGCCUCCAGGGCUACUAUCUCAUCACCAAGAACUUCUCCGAGGCGAUCGAGAUCUAAUGGACAGGAACCCUCUGCAGUUGACCGAGGUGAAUGGUUGCCAGAACUGGGCGAUGGCCCUCCUUGGGGAAGUAGUCGCCCUCGAUGCUUGGAAGAAGGACCAAGAAAAGCAAAAAACCCAAUACAGGCAGCACUUACUCCUUCGUGGUGAGGACAUUUACACCAGACUCAACGAUGGUCUCGUACAACUUGACAAGUGUUCUAAUUCUCAGGAUAAUGUAAUGACCAUGGACAGCCUAACCUCUAGGGCGCCGCCGCCGCCGUACGUUAUAACAAAGUUAUGGACAUUCGCCACUCUUGCGUACCUGCAUAUUGUUCUGCAUGGAUGGCAACCAUCUAACCGCGAGUUUCGCCACUCGGUCUUUCAUGCUACGGAGCUCAUCAAGCAGCUAUCUCCGUGGCCUCUUCAUCUGCGAGCUCAAUCCUGGCCUCUGUGCGUCGCGGGCUGUCUUGCUUCUGAGGAGGAAAGGCCAUUUUACCAGAGCCUGGAGAGCAUCUUGGGUGCACUGGCGAGCUUUGGGUCGAUUCAGCAGACGAAAAGGAUAUGGAAAAGGGUGUGGGCAGACAAAUCUGAUGAACCUCGAAAAGAUGUAGCAACAUGUCUUGCAAGCUGUGAUUAUAAGGCAUUUCUGGCUUAG